CCAUUUCUUGGAAAACACCUGAUUUAUCCUGCAGCCCUUAGCCCACCACCCAGUUCUUAUAAACCAUGUGGUCUAUUGCAAAAAGAAAGUGAAAGUAAAGUCUCUAUAAAAGCCCCUCUCUCUGUAUUUGAGCAGCUUCAUUCUACUUUCCUCUCUGCAGCAGCUGAGCAGCAAAGUCAUGGGAGGUUCAUCAUCAACUCCAGCGUCUGCUCCACCCCGACCUCCUUCUCCCACUUUUAAAACUCCAUGGAGACAAUUACAGUGGGGAAACACUCAGCAUGAUCUGCAGUACAUGAGGGAUUUUGAACCUGAAGGAGAUGCAGUGAAACAACUCCGAGUUUUGCUCUACGGGCCAGUUGGUGCUGGAAAGUCCAGCUUCAUCAAUUCUGUCAGCACUGUCGUACGAGGGACAAUAGCCCAUACAGCGCUGCCCAGCACAACAAACUCUGAAGGAGCAAGUUUCACCACAAAAUAUGAAACCCAUAAAAUCAGGAAACACAGCUGGGGCAGCUAUUACCCCUUUGUCUUCAAUGACAUCAUGGGUGUGGAGGAAGGCAGUGGGAGAGGAGUCAGAGUGGAAGACAUCAAACUGGCCAUGAUGGGACACGUGAUGGAGAAUUACAAGUUCAACCCUGCAUCUUCGCUGUCUCCUUCUGAUUCUGGCUACAACUCUACACCAUCUCUGGAUGACAGAGCCCAUGUUCUGGUUUGUGUCUGUUCUGGAAACGCAGCAAAUAUUUCAGACUCACUUUUACAGAAGAUGAGGCAGAUCAGAGAAGCAGCCAGUGACCUGGGUAUUCCCCAACUGCUUAUUGUCACCAAACUUGAUGAAGCCUGUCCUGAAACUGAAAGGAACCUGCAGAACAUCUACAAGAGCAAGUUUGUAAAGAAAAAGAUGACACAGCUCAGCUCUGAACUGGGGAUUCCACUCAAUUGCAUCCUUCCUGUGAAGAACUACAGCAAAGAAACCAGCCAGGAUGCAGAUGUUGAUGCUCUGAUCCUGAAUGCACUGAGACUGAUUCUUGACUUUGGAAAUGAUUUCAUUGACAAAUUGUAAACCUGCAGAAAAUAGUGCUGUCAUACACGACAAACCUCACAUGGCAGAGUUAAAUUUAUUUAUAAUAUUUUAGCCUAAACAGACAAUGUUAGCCUAAAGAAGUUAAUGUAGGCUAAAUAAGUUAAUGUAGGCUAAAUAGUAUAAUGUAAAGCCCUAUGUUAGGCUAAACAGGAUAAUAUUAGCCGCUAUGUUAGCAUUUUUCAAGUUGUGCUAAAUGUUGGUGAUGGCAUGAUACUCAACAAGUAAUUUGUUUGUUUGUUUAUUUAUUUUCUGAAAAUGAGACAGUUCGUAUUAAUGUACAUUCCUACGUAAAUUAAGAUUGUAGAUUAAUAAGAUUGUAGCCAUACGGCUAAAUUCCAUCUCGAGUCCCAUUGGCAGAUCAAAGAUAAAGAAAUUACAAAUAACAUAAAACCAUAACUGAACAAAGACAUGCAAAAAGAAAAACAAACAACAAGUGAUAACACGUACUGCACAUAACAGACAAAAAUUGGCAGCUACCAACCAGUAAUUAACAUUAGCCGAUGACUAUACUGCUAAUAUCUCUUUGUUGUUAUUGCACGUGUCCCUCUAUCAUUAUUGCACAUUGCUCUACUAAACGUACCCCACUGUCACUAUAAGUCCACCAUGAGUUCAUUUCAUAUAUCCCUCUGACACUAUUACAUAUAAUUGUAUUGCACAUGAUAAUAUUACAUGUUUCUCUUAAUCACUAUUGCACAUAUCCCCGUCUACAUUCCAUAUAUUUACCCUCUACAAGUCCCUUCUAACACUAUUACACAUAUCCCAUUAUCACUAUCACUCAUCAUCUUUAAACACUAUUAUACAUGACUAUAUUGCAGGAAGCCCACAUCUACACAUUCACAAUUAGGAGAAUCAAUAGUGGUGGUUGUGAUCUCAGGAAGAAAACCGUGUUUUCUUACUAGUAUUCAUUUUAAAUGUUUUUGUUGUUUAACCCUUUCAUGCAUGAAGUAUGAUAACCUCAGUCAGGAUUUUUUUUACCAUUUGUUUUUGUCCAUCUUUAGGCAUAAAAAAUAAGGUUUGAACUUUAUUUUUUUCAAUUUAUUUUUAUUAAAAUAUAUUUACAUGUCCACUCAGAUGGACACCAUGGAUAUUGUUUUAGAAAUAUGGAUUUAACAAACAAAUGGAUAAAAUGAUAUACAGUGUAUUGAACUGUGAAAUGUGAUGUGAACUAUGAACUAAUAUAAUGUAUGUAUUUAUUUAUUUUAUUUACUUAAUCAGGGACCAUGCAAUUACCAUGGGACACAUAGAGCCGAUGCAUUACAUAUGGAGUGUGGAGCAUAAAGCGACGGUCCAGAUGGCUGUGGAGGAAUUAUAAACUAAACUAGAAAAGCACUCAGAGAGCGCAGACCUCCGCCAGGCCAUCUGUCUGUCUGUUAACAGCAUAACUCAAAAACUCAUGGACGGAUUUUCACCAAAUUUUUUGCAGGAUGUCCGGA